CUGGUUCAAACCAGUUUUACAGAUUUAUAACAAGAAGGAGCAGUGUUUAAGUCAUCAUUCUGACAACAACCAUGGCAAAGCAAGGAACGAAGAGUCAACUCAUUAAAACAUUUGACCUAGGAGAAGAAUUAAAGUUCAACAUCAGAAAGAAGGGGAAUGUAUUUGGUGAAAUAACAAGACCAAGAAGAAAUCAAGAAACCCAGGAGAAAUAUGAAGCAAGGACUUAUGUUAGUUCACUGCUGUGGCAGAGUUUGAAAAUGGAGUUUGUUCAAGUGCAGUUCUGGUUAACUCAAGAAAAUUAUAAUGAAAAGAAACUUCUCACUGACAAUGUAUUGCUUGGAUUGUCUUAUUUCAUGGAUAAAGUAUACAUUAGUCUGGAAGUAAUCAAUAAAGAAGGCGAGAAGAACUUGAAGAGAUCCAUCAACAUUCCAGAGGGUGCUUGGCAGUCACUUGUUGUACAAGCAGCAGUCAUAGAUGAACUGAUGCCUCGUCCAUGUAACAAGCGUAAAGCAGAUAAUGAUACAGAGACAAAACCCAUCAAACUGUUUAAACGUGUUGUAGAAAAAGAAGACGGAAGUUUAGAAACUGGAAACUGGCAGAAUAUGCCCGAGAGAAUCUUUCUAAAAGAAAUGUUGAAUGAUGGGAAGAAAGCUAACUUCACCAUGUCUCAGAUGAACUUCUCGAAACCAACUGUAAAAGAUGUGAUCCUCUAUGUGAUGACUUUUCUUAUUCAUCGUGAGAUUCUUGAAGGGAUUAGUGAUGUCUGCGAAGCCUGUGACAUUCAAGAUCCCUCCCAAGACCAUCAUGACUGUCUGAGUCCUAUGGAAGAGCAUCUGUUUGCUUCAUUCGAACCAGCUUUGGUCAAAGUCAUGGAGAAUAGUUCUGAAGUGAAGCAAUGUGUUUUUAAACUGACCAAGUUGUUCAAGCUACCAAGCAUCAAGGACAUUCAAAACUUGCAAGAAAACAUUGAUCAAGAAGCACUAAAGUCUUCUAUAGCAUGGCCUAAUGAACACCAACAGGCAAUCAAUGACAUUUUAUCAGACUGAUUUAUCCUUAAAGUUUAAGACUUUGAAUAUACAUCUAUCAUAUAAUUCAAAUACCAUCAAUAAC